AGUAUCAAUUCAGACGUCGUCGCUUUCAAACGUGUUACGCGCGUGGUUCGCGCUUUGUUCGUUUGACAAAUUCGUUCAAUUUCCAAGAAAAAAGAAAAUUGCAACAUCAACAACGCAACAAGUGUGAAGUGUUGUGCGUAUGCGUAAAUCAAAAUAAUUACUAGUAAAAAUCGGAGUGCUUCAGUUUUUAUUUUAGUUGCUUUUAUAGCCAUUCUUUGCUUUGGCCUUCGAUCUGCGCGAUCUGUGCGUCAAAAUGUGCAGCAGCAAAGUUAAAAAUGAUUUGAGUGCUGCGUUAAUUUAAUUAAGCGUGGCAAUAAAUUUGCUGUUAAUUUCUUAGUGUUAAUGGUGAAAAAUUGUAAAAAGUGUUCAUUUAUGCUGGGAUUAUACUGGAUGUGUUCAUUUUUGGAUUUAAAUAGAGCGGCGAAACGUGACAAAAGUUAGCCGGAGGAACACUGCAGCAACAGAUAAACGACGUCACACUGGAGUCACAAAUACGAUAAACAUUCCAAAAACUCCAUAUUACCUCUCUCUGUCUCUCUCUCACUCGCUCUCUCUGUUUACCACCACCCACCCAAACUUUCUGUCAUCCUCUCUCGGUAUGUCACAUGAUAAGAAAAUGUUGGAUCGCGAGGCAGUACGUUCAGUUAUACAGCAAUGGAAUGCCAAUCGAUUGGAUCUCUUUGCGCUAUCCGAACCAGACGAGAAUCUGCUCUUCCAUGGCGUGAUGCGCUUCUAUUUUCAAGAUGCCGGACAGAAGGUGGCCACCAAAUGCAUUCGCGUUGCCAGCGAUGCCACAGUCACAGAUGUCAUAGACACAUUAAUCGAAAAGUUUCGGCCCGAUAUGCGAAUGCUGUCGGUGCCCAACUACGCCCUCUACGAGGUGCACGCGAAUGGCGAGGAGCGUCGCCUCAACGCGGAUGAGAAGCCGCUGCUCGUCCAGCUCAAUUGGCAUAUUGACGAUCGCGAGGGUCGGUUCUUGUUAAAGAAUAUCGAUCAGAAGACGACGCCCAUUGAGCAGUCGGAAUUAAACUUCAAGCGCAAGCUAUCGAAGCGUGAGAAGAAGGAGCAGAAGAAGAAGGAUAAGCUGGCGAAGCUCAGCUCCGAUGUGCCGCUCUCCAAUGGCAGCCAGCUGGGCAUGGGCAAUGGCGUCGGCAGCCUCGCUGGCGGCACAGCUCACAUGAACGGUAGCGCGGCAGGCGGCGCGGGCAGCGGCGGCGAUGCUGGGGAUGCGGUGGCCGGCAAGCUGUACACAGAGCUGCCGGAAACGUCGUUCACACGCUCGAUCUCAAAUCCGGAGGCGGUGAUGCGGCGACGGCGACAGCAAAAGCUCGAAAAGAAGCUGCAACAGUUUCGAUCACGCGACGGCGGACCCGACACGGGCGGCACCCUGAAAAUCUACGGCGAGAGCCUCUGCCAGGAUGUGCCCUACAAGACGCUGCUGCUCUCCAUACGCGACUGCGCCCAGGCGGUUGUCAGGGAAAUGCUCAGCAAAUAUGGCCUCGAGAAGGCCGAUCCCUUGCACUAUUGCCUCGUCCAGGUUAACAGCGAUGGAACCGAGUACAUACUUGACGACGACGAGUGCCCCUUAUCAAUACUCAUGAAUCAUCCGACGUCACGCGGUUCUAUCAUGUUUCAUGUGCGACGCCGUCCGGCGGACUCGCAGCCGCGUCGACGCAAGAAAAAACCAUUGGGAUCUGCGAAUGGCGCGAAUCACAUGUCCGGCGAUCGCGAGGGCCCCGUCCUGGUGGAGGUAACGCACAGCGGCGACGGCGGACGCCGCAUUAAGCUGGGCAGCGAUCCGGUCGAGGUCGGUUCAGCGAACACGAAUUGCCUGCAGCUCUUUGGACCCUCGAUACAGCCGAGGCACUGCCUCAUCUCGCUGCUGGAAGGCGUCUGUACGGUAACGCCGCUGCACACGGAUGCGCUGACCUUCGUCAAUGGACAUCACAUUAGCCAGCCGACCAUUUUGCAUAACGGCUCGGUUGUCAUGUUCGGGCGCGUCGCCUCUUACCGCUUCCUGGACUCGCCCACUGAUGGACGCUAUAAUCUGGCCCUGUCGCAGUCCCAGCUGGACUCGGCCUGCCUCUACGAAAGUCGCUCGCCAACAUCGCCGGGCUCGUGGAACGAUGAGGAUGGGGCUCUCAGUUCGACGCAGAAGAGCGAAUAUGAGCCGCAUCAGCAGCUGAAUCAAUCCUCUGCCGGCUACCACAGCAGCUCGGCGGAGACGCAGCCGCUGCACACGCUGCGGGAUGUGGUGGACAGCAAACAUGGCGGCCAGGAGCAGCAGCAGCAGCAACAGCAGCAGCAGCAGCUAACAAACCCAGGCGGCGGCAAUUAUGAUGGUCAGAGUUUAGAAGGUAAUCUGGAGAAUGAAAUCAAGUCCAUUUCGAGCAUGAAAUCCAAUGGCUCCAACAGUCAGGAAAGAUCGCCCAAGUUGCCUGGCUCUGUUGGUCUACUGUCCGGCGCCGGCGGCAGCGGAUCUGGAGAUGUCCAGGGGCAGGAGCCCAUUUUGCCAGCUGUUCUGGAGUUUCCCGAGACGCAUCAGGAGAACUUUCUGCGCCACAUCAUCAGCGAAUUGGACGUGAAUGUGCCGCACUUUAAGCUGGCGCCAGUUUAUUCGCUAUACCUGUGUGCCAGAUACCGCGCCUCCACCCACUACCGUCCCGAGCUGCAGCCCACGGAACGAGCCCACAAGCUGACCAUAUUUCUGCAUCAUGUGGCGAAUCUGGUCUAUGGCGUCGUCCAGGAGCAGUACACAGAUCCACGUAUACUCGCCUUUUGGAUGGCGAACAGCUCGGAGUUUUUGCAUUUCCUCAAAUCGGAUCGCCACAUUAGCGCAUUCAGCGUACAGGCGCAGGAGGUGCUCGCCGAGGCGGUGCAGACGGCAUUUCGUAAUCUGGUCAAUUGCUUUCGCCUGGAGCUCUCGCAGACGCUGAAUCAAUUCCUCUCGGAGACCAUUGAUCAUGAUUCCGCUGCGGGCCUGGUGCUCACCGUGCUCGGCUCGGCCAUGGCUCUGUUGCGGCGCUGUCGUGUGAAUGCCGCUUUGACCAUUCAGCUGUUCUCGCAGCUGUUCCACUACAUCAAUGUCAUAUGUUUCAAUACGAUUGUGGCCAACUCGCACAUGUGCACGGGGGAGUGGGGCAAGGUGAUGACGGAGCGUUUGCAGCUGCUCGAGCUGUGGGCUGAGCGUCAGGGCCUGGAGCUGGCCGCUGACUGUCAUCUGGCCAAGAUCAAUCAGUGUGCGCAAUUCCUGCAGGCGCCCAAAUCCUCAGUGGAGGAGAUACAGCAAUUGGCCUGCUCCUGCUUUCGGCUCAACUCGCUGCAAAUGGGUGCACUGCUGCAACAGGAGAAGAUACCACGCAAUCUGGUGGACACGGCUAUACGCAUGGCCGAAUCUGUGGCGGAUGAGCUAACGCGUGCCGAUGGCCGCGAAGUGCGUCUCGAGGAGUCACCCGAACUUCAUCUGGCACUGUUGCUGCCCGACGAUGGCUUCAGCUGUGAUGUGGUGCGCGGCAUACCCACCGGCCUGGUGGACUUUCUCAAUCCAUUGCAGCAGCAGAGCAUGUGCCGUCUGGCGGCCCAACCCACAUCGAUUGGACUCUGGACGGUUUAUAUGCAUCAAUUCAAUGCGCGUAGCUCCAGCGCCAUGUCCAAUAAGCUGCCCCAGCCGGAGGUGCAGCUGAUCAAGCUGCACAAGAACAGCAACGGCAUGGGUCUGUCCAUCGUUGCCGCCAAGGGUGCGGGCCAGGAGCGUCUGGGCAUCUACAUCAAGAGCGUGGUGCCGGGUGGCGCUGCCGAUGCGGACGGCCGCCUACAGGCGGGCGAUCAGCUGCUGCGCGUCGAUGGCCAGAGCCUGAUUGGCAUAACACAGGAGCGUGCUGCGGAUUAUUUGGUGCGCACAGGUCCGGUUGUCAGUCUCGAGGUGGCCAAACAGGGCGCCAUUUAUCAUGGUCUGGCAACGCUGCUGCAGCAGCCCAGUCCGGUUAUACAGCGUGGUAAUCGCCGGAUGUCUGAGCGCGAUUUGAGUCGCAUGGGCGGCGCCGAAUCGUCUAAAUCGUUGGGCGGCAUCGGUGGGCCGCUCAUUGCCAAUAGCCACACGAGUCACAGCCUUAACCAGCACCUAAACCUGAGCAAUAGCAACAUCAACAGUAGCCACAGUCACAGUCACAACAACAACAACAACAACCACAUCAGCGGUAGCAUCAUGAAUCCCCUAGCUGCACACCUGCCCAAUAGCAAAUCGGUGCCGGCCCUGCAUCAUCACACGGGAUCUGGCAACAUAUCCCUGGCCAAUUCCAAGUCACGCAGCACGCACAGCUUGCAUAACAAUGCGGGCGGAGGCGGCGUCAUCGGAGGUCAGCCAAAUGGCAGUCACAACAAUCCAAAUCCGAAUUCGAAUCCAAAUGCAAAUGGAAAUGGAAAUGGAAAUGGAAAUGGCAACGAACAGGGCUUCUACCAGAAUUUAAGCGUGUAUCGUGCACAAAAUCAAAGUCAACCCAUUUUGAAUGAGCGACCAAGCAUGUCUGCACAUGCCGCCAUGAGCGCCUACAAUGGCAGUUCCCCGCAUGCUGCCGCACUGCAACAGCAGCAACAACAGCAGCAACAACAACAACAACAACAACAGCAGCAGCAGGCGUCACCCUACCAACAACAUUUGCAGGCUAGCGCCAAUCUGCCGAGUCGACCCGUUUCCGCCUAUUAUCACAGCCAGCAAAGUGCACAGCAGCAGCUGCAACAGCAACAUCAGCAGCAACAGCAACAUGCCCUGCAACAGCAACAAUUCGCGCACAGCAGCAACAAUCUGAAUGGACAGCAGCAGCAACAACAACAUCCACAGCAACUGACGCUCAACAAUCGCGCCAAGAGCCAACAAAACUUCCAGCACACACUGCGCAUGCAGCAAAUGUUGGCGCCAUCCAUGCCCAACAUAAGCAACAUGUACCAGCAGCAGCAGCAUCAACAGCAACAACAACAACAACAACUGCAGCAGCAGCAGGUGAGCGCCAGCCAGAGCAUGCAGAAUGUGAACGACUAUGUGGCAGGCUAUCAGAACGGCGGACUUGACUAUCAGCAACAUGCGCGACGCAGUCAGCUGCAUGAGGCAGCAGCCCUCUACGAGCUGCAACACCAGCAACAGCAGCAGCAACAGCAGCAGCAGGCGUCGCCGAACUUUAUAACGUUGCCACCAAAGCCGAUUGGCAGCUUACAAUCGCCCAGUAAGCCAGCAGGGCCGCCCAGCACCGCGCCCAAGCCACAGCAACAGCAGCAGCAACGACUCCAGCAGCAACAGCAACAGCAGCAACAGGCAGCAGGCUAUUUGCCCAGUCAUGUGCUGGGCGAGGAUAAACCACCUUUGCCGCCAACAGCGACGCAUCCGUUGUUCAAGGCGACGCAGCAGCUGACGCCGGGCAUGAACUAUGUGGCCAGCACGCUGGAUCCGCCCAAGGGCAGCUAUUUGCCGGCGAAUCAAACGGCAGCGCGAUCGCUGCACAGUGGCGGCAAUCCUUGGGAGCGUGAGGAGCGCGAAAAGGAUCUGGAAAUGCGACGGGAGCACAUACGACAAUGGCGUGAACAGCAAAUUGCCGAGUUGUCGGCGAUAUUGGGGCGCAGUCCCCAGCAGGAGGAGCAGCUGAAGACGCUCAUACUGGAGCGUGACUUUGAGCGGCGCGCCCAGGAGCUGCAGGAGCAGGAGGAGGACCAGGAUCAAUCCUACGACAAGGACAAUGUGCAGGAGCUGUUCCGAUUGUCAGCGAGUGGUGUACAGGUCAGUGCCAUACAAACACCCAUAACCAACUACCGCCAGACGGAAAUCAAGCUGGCUGAGAUCAGCGAGAGCAGUCCCGUCGAGCCUGGGGCCCCAUCACCAGCAGCGCCGGCAACAGCAACGGCAACGGCAACGGCUACACCAACAGCAGCUGGAACACAGCAGCCCAAGAGCAUACUGAAGCAUAAUCGUUACUCUGAGGGCGGCUCUGGUGGCAGCUCUGCUGGUGCGCCCUCGUCGCCGUCCAAGUCGCAGAAGUCGGCAAGCUUUGCGGACGAACGGCAUCUGCAAACGGAGCAUCCCAUUUCCAGUCUGGCCAAGGAGCUGACACAGCUCAGCAUGCUCGACAAGGACAACAACAAUGAGACGGCCGCUGUGGAUGGUUCAGUGCCGCCGCCGCCGCCCCCGGAACGCAAUAGCUCCUAUCUGAUAAUGUCACAGCAGAAGAUGCGCACCAGCGUUGGCGGCAGCUCCAGCUCCUCAAUGGGACUGCUUAAGACGGCCACCAGCAAUCAGGCAGCCGCUGUGGAGGUCAAAAAGGCGGCAAUGCACGGCGCCACGAACAACAACAACAACAACAACAACAACUUGAGUGGCAGCCUCAACAAUAAUACGAUGCAAGCCUCGCCGCUGAGCGCGAUGGAAUUAAAUGCCGCCUAUGUGUCGGCCACUGGCACGGGGAUGAGCAUGGGCACACCGCCACCGCUGCUGCAGAGGGACAACAAGCGGGUGAGCUUCCAUGAUGAGGACAACAACUUGUUGGGCAUCCAGCAACAGCAGCAGCUGCAACAUCAACAAUAUCUGCUCGACAGCUACGCGCUGGAACAACAGGACUUGGACACCAUACGCGAGGAUGCGAGCUAUAUGCAGCACAAUAUGGAUGCCUCGAUGUUGCCCUCGAUGCCGGCCACACCGGAUGCGGCGCUCUGGAACACCAGCGUGCAAUCAACGCCUGGCGUCAUUGGCGCCCAGGAGGUGUACAGAGAUCCCAGAACACGUCGCCUGGCGGAAAAGCAGCAACAGCAGCAGCAGCAACGCGCUGGAGAUGCGGUGCCAGAGAAACUGUCGUUCAAGGAGAAAAUGAAGAUGUUUGCCCUGGAAUCGGGCGAGGAUAAUACGCCCAAGGAUAAGCUGAAAAUAUCGCGAGCGCAAAGAGACAUCGAUGCUGUGCACUGAGGAUCAGCUGAUGUUGAUGUAUAAUUCCAAAUUCCAAAAGUAGAAACUGAAAACACCUAAUCACCGAAUCACCUAAUCAGGAUUAUGAAUUGGGGGCCAAGUUGUUACGUUAAAUAGCUAUAUAUAUAUACAAUAUAGUAUAUAUAUUUAUCAGACAUAGCAGACAUAUGACAAACCUAACGAAUUUGCUUAGCAAGGCAACAAACAAUCCAUAGUUAUUGCGUUAUUCCGAUCUAAAGAUCGCUAAGUUGCGUAGUAUUUGUAGCUAAAAGAGUUGAUUGAUUACAGACAAAACGUUAACUAAAUUCAAUUAGUGAAAAGCAAAAUUAGCAUAUUCUAUCAAUAGUCUAUAUAUAUAUAUAUAUAUUUAAUUAUAAAAAGCCUGGAGACAGGGCAACGAAAGUUGGGCGAGCCACAUUUGUAAAGCGUUUUAAACAUAAUUCUUUACCCAAUCCGAAUAAGUACUAUAUGCAUAUGCAUAUAUGAAUAUGUUUAUGUGCACAUAUAUAAGAUAUAUAUAUUUGACAAACUGUUGCAUCAGAUUAAAAUAUUUAGUAUUUACCUUAUCGAUAACAUGUAAAUGAUGUGCGUUAGUUUAGAGAUAUUUACCUGGGAAUUGUGCGGAACAACAAGAAAUGUUUAUUAUUAUUAAUAUAGUAGGAAAUGAUAAGCCACGACGUCAAAUAACAAAUGGUCCAAUUAUUCAAUUAUUAUUAAAGAGUAUAAAAACAAAAUGUAUAUUUACAAACAUACAAAAGAUUCGACAUAUAUACAUAAAUAUUAAUAUAUAUUUUUAAUUACAACAUUUUCGUACACCUUUUAAAAGCAACAAACAAAGAAACAAAAAACAAAAACCCUAUGCAUAGACGAAAUGUACCAAUUUAAAUCAAAUAGGAUUUCACUACACAAGAACCUAAUGGCUUUAAAACAAAAUAUAUACACCUAUAUUUGUUAUAGCAUACGAUUUAUUCGAAGAAAAAAAAUUACUACAAUUGCAACAGCUAAAGAGCAACAAAUUAUUUUUGUGCAUUCCAAGUAUUUCAAAUAUAUAUUAUGCAAAUUAAAACAUUUUGAAUAUUAUGUAAAAAAAAAGAAAAAGAAGAAAACAAUGACAAUUUGAAAAUUUGCUUUUUAGUUCAACUUUAAGCGCGAUUAGUUUUAAACAAAUUUAAAAUAUAUCGAACACAAAACGAAUAACAAAUUGUGCAUACUUAUGCAAAUAAAAGGUUAUUAAAUUAAUUACAUAAA